AUGGGAUGUGCUGCUUCUUCGACAGAUGAAUCAGGACCCACAAUGCCAGAGCCCACUGGACAGGUAUAUUUCACAAAGAAAGAUCAACACAAUACUGAUUUACCAGUACAGAUUCAAUCCAGAUUGUCACAACCAGUCUUGAAGCAAAUAUGGACUUUGGCAGAUUAUGACAAGGAUGGAAAGCUAACAUAUGAGGAGUUUUGUCUAGCCAUGCACCUUGCAGACCUUGUACAAACAGGAAGACAACUGCCCUCUGUUCUACCACCAGAACUGGUUCCUCUGAAUAAAACUAAUAUAGAUAUACUACCCAACAAUCAAAAGUCUGGAAGGACAGAUGUGUACAGUAAAUUUAAUGGCAAAGAUUCCACACCCCCACCCCCACAAUAUGACACAGUGGCAGACACAACAGAGGAGGAUGGGAGAUCAAUGCCAGAAACUGAUAAGUCAGGGCCAGUCACAAAAGAGCCCUCUUCAAGGGAGAAUUUCGACAUCAAUCAGGCAGAAAGAGAACUACGCAGACAGAUAUUAAAUGAACAGAUGAGGAAGGAAAAGGCAGCCAGCAUGGAGAGGGAAAGAAUAGAACAGGAGAAGAGGGAAAGAGUCAGGCAAGAAAAGGAAAGGCAAAGACUAGAAAAAUUAGAAAAGCAGAUUGAAAUGCAAAUACAGAUUGAACAUGAGAGAGAAAUCCAAAGGAAAAAAAUGGUGGAGGAAAGGAGGGUUACUCAGAGAGAACAAGAGAGACAGAGGCUUCUGGAAUGGGAGAGAAGGAAGACACAACUAUUAUCAGAGAUGUCCCAGGAGACAGAGCAGCUAGGGGACUUACCUACCUUAGGACAAAAGCUGUAA